CACAUUUUCUCUUUCCUUCUCUUUCUCUCUCUCUUUAGGUUUCGUUUCCUUUACUUCGAAAUCAAAGAGCUCAAGCUUCUUCGAGUUUUCCGAAGAUUGGGGGAGUUAAUACGUGGUUUAUUACUGUCCUCCUGUGUGUUUGCUUGAAGAUUGAUAGUGAUGACCGUGAUGGCCAUGCUAUUGCCGAUAAAUGAUGAUGAAGAAGAGAUUUACUAGUUUAGGUGUGGAUUGAUUUUUUUGAAGGGGAUCGUCUUCUACAUGAUUUUUUUUUUUGUAAAUAAAUGCGGUUUUUCAUGUGUUUGAAGCAGAUGGGUUGAAAGGGUUUGAUAGUUUAAAUUUUUGAGUAAUAUGGCUAUUGCUGGUCUACACAAUGUUUCUGUGCUUGAUAAUACUUUCCUAAGGGAGUCUCAGUCUCAAGCAUCAAGAAGGCAGGAAAAUGGCAGCACCCGGGCAUCCUCACUCCUGCAGAUGUGGCGGGAGCUUGAGGAUGAGCAUGUGGUUAGUCAUGCUCAAGAGAGAGCUAGUGAAAGAAUGCUCCAGCAAAGGAGUGAUGACCUCUCAUUGACUGAUCUUUCAGAUAGCCGAAAUAGUGAACAUAGUGGUGUUUCUGAGGAUGUGAGCUUGAGUGAGAAUGAGUUUGGACAAUGGUCUCCAGAUCGAUUUGGGUCACAAAAUGGGAAUGAGGAUUCUAGUAAUUUUAAUUUUGAACAUUCAUCUGAUUUGGGGGAAGUUGAAAGGGAAAGGGUAAGGCAAAUUUUUCGGGAGUGGAUGAACAGUGGUGGCAGGGAACGUACAUCUAAUGUUUCCCGUAGGAACAACAGUUCAAGGGCCCAGUGGCUUGGUGAAACUGAGCAGGAGAGGGUCAGAAUCAUAAGGGAGUGGGUGCAAAUGAAUAGCCAGCAGAGAGGUGCUUGCGUUGACAAUAGAGAAGAGCAAGCUGCUGAUGUUGGUGGUCAAAUUGAACGAGUUCUUGAUGGAUUGGUGGUUAACCAGAAUGAAGGCCGAACUGAGCAUGUGCGUAGGGGCAUUCGUAAAUUAUGUGGCCGACAGGCCCUGCUUGAUAUGCUUAAAAAGGCUGAGAGAGAAAGGCAAACAGAGCUUCAGGGGUUAUUGGAGCAUCGGGCUGUAUCAAAUUUUGCACAUCGCAACCGUAUUCAGUCAUUAUUGAGAGGUAGAUUUUUGAGAAAUGACAGAAUGGCUGAAGGUGACAGAUCUACCUCCAUUGCAGCCAGUGAAUUAGGCUUAUUAAGACAAAAACAGACUGUAUCUGGUCUAAGCAGGGAAGGGUUUUUCUCCAGACUGGAUAAUUCUGGUUGUGGUCCUGCAAGCGGUAACCGCUCUGAGACAUCAUCUACUGCUGACACUAAUGGUAAUAGAAAUGAACAGAACCAAGUAAAUAACUCACAUGAAGUCAUAGAUGGAUUAAAUGGCCAAUCUGAACAUGAGAAUGAGGAAACUGAUAACCAAAGGUUUUUGGAUGGUAGAACUGAUUUAGAGGGUGAUGUUGUUGAAGAUUUAAGUUGGCAAGAAACUUCUGCUCGUGUAGAAGAGUGGCGGGAACAAGUUUCUGAGAGUGUGGUUAGAGACUGGCAGUGGUCGGCCAGUGUUGAGUCUAAUGAAAGCAGAGAUGUUAUUGGACAAGUCUUGGAUAGGGACUGGCAACAAAAUCUUGCUAAUGAGUCGCCCCUUGAAGCUUUGCAGAAUGAAUCUGGAGAACUUAUUCAUCUACGAGAAGAUAUUGAAGCAUCUUAUGAACAUUCUCCCCAAGAUCGUGAGAGAAGUGGGGCAUCUGGGUUAAUGAAUGACAUAGAAAAUUUGGAAAGCAAUCCAGUCGAAAAUAUUGGUGGGCAAGAAUCUGCUUCUCAAGUUGAACAAUGGCAGGAAGAGGAUCAGGAAAAUGAGGAAGUGCACUGGCAGGGAUCUAGUGUUGAGUAUAACGAGUUGAUGGAUGGUAAUGAAGAAGCCUCUGACAUGCCUCGUGAGGAUGGUGGGAAUGAAGAUGGAGUUUAUGAUCAGCUGCAAGAAGCUCUGGAUGCACAACAUGAGGAUGGUGGCUUGCAUGAGACUACACGGAAUUGGUUGGAAGGGUCUUCUAAUCAAGAACCUGUUACAAUGGGAAGGACAGACACAUUUUAUUUUCCUGAUGAUGAUAAUGUAUACAGUAUGGAACUGAGGGAACUCUUAAGCAGGAGAAGUGUGUCUACUCUUCUUCGUAGUGGUUUCCGUGAGAGUCUUGACCAGUUGAUACAAUCAUAUGUGGAAAGGCAAAAUCAUGCUUCUAUUGACUGGGAGCUACAUGAAACAUCACCUACUCCUGCAUCACUUGAACAAGAUCUAGAACAGCAAAGCAGGGAUCAGAAUGAGGGUCAGGGGGAUGCAGUUGAGGGUCCUCCACUUGCCCUUCCUUCACCCAGGAUGCCACCUACGCAGCCACUCUGGGACCAGGAUUCACACCAUUAUAAUUGGGCACCGCAUGAUAUGCAUCAGCGCUUUGGCAUUGAGUGGGAGAUUGUUAAUGAUUUGAGGAUUGACAUGGCUAGGCUGCAGCAAAGGAUGAAUAACAUGCAGAGAAUGCUAGAGGCCUGCAUGGAUAUGCAACUUGAGUUACAGCGGUCAAUAAGACAGGAAGUUUCUGCUGCACUGAACCGUUCAGCUGGUUCACAAGGGGUGAUUGAUGACAGCUUGCCCAAGGAUGCAGCUAACUGGGAUAAUGUGAGGAAGGGAAUCUGUUGUACAUGCUGUGAAGGCAAUAUUGAUUCAUUAUUGUACAGAUGUGGGCACAUGUGCACAUGCUCAAAGUGUGCCAAUGAGUUGGUCCAAGGUGGAGGAAAGUGUCCAAUGUGUCGGGCACCAGUAGUUGAGGUCAUCCGUGCUUACUCAAUCCUUUAAUAUGAAGAGUAUAUUUAUAUAAUAAAAAAAAACAAAAGAAAAUAGAAAAAUCUGGAUUAACAAUCGUAGAAUCUUUCAUCAGUUUUUGCUCCUGGUUCACUCCAGGUAUCUUCCAUUUUCUCUUCUUUUCUUCUUUAUUUUCCCCCUUUUUUCCCCUUCUUGGGCCCCUUGCCGUGAUUUGAUAAUAUACAGUACAUAAAUUGAGUGUAUGAUUGAAACAGAAAAUGUCAUCUUUAAUUCAUUAUAUUACUAAUCCGAAUAAACUCGAGUGUGAGAUUGUCAAUUAUAUCUAUACAUUUUAUGAUGAAUCCUGGCAAUGAGAUUGAGAUGACUUUAUCUUGCA